AUGGCUUAUCAAAUCAAUGACACAACCGAAACAAAUAACAUCUCAUCUGAUGACGAAUUAGAAAAAGAAAGGCAUUAUGGGACAACUGAAUUUCCAUACAAGGACAAUAGUAUCAACGAAAAUGAUUGGUCUUCAUCUGAUGAUAGUGAUAAUGAUAAUGAUAAUGACGAUGACAAAGAAAUAACUUACCAUCAUAAAGAAACAUCAAGUGACAAGAAUAUUGAUUGGAGUGAUAGCUCUUAUCUCGCUCAUGAUGACCGUUUACAAUCUAUGACUCGAUUCGAACGUCGACAAGCAUGUUAUUACCAAGCGAAAAUUCAACAAAUUCGACAACAAUUAAGAAAUGAAAAUCUUAUUUUACGACCAAUUUAUAAAGAUAUUGGAUAUCAUGUGGAACUCAGUCGUUCAUAUCCGACUGCUAGUCAAAAUCGUUUAGCUAAAAUUGUUGAACGAGUUGAAACAACAUUGAACAAUUUAUUACAUUCCAAAUCUAUUACUGAAGCACAACAUAUGACUAUGAAAAUCGAUCGAUCUACAGUACGAAUGCAUUAUUUAAACUUCGUAUCAGACACACAUAAAGAAGGAAUUCCAGUUCAACCAACCAUGGUAUGUAAUAAUGGACCAACUAUAAGUAUUAGUCGUUAUCUUGGUCGUCUUCUUGGAUUACUUUUCAAUGAUGCAACUUAUUGUAAAAAAUUUCAUAAAGCUUAUAAUAUUAUACAUGCUAUGGAAUUCUAUCAGAAAAGUGGUCAACUUCGACCAACUACCUUAUUUGCUUCAUUUAAUAUUAAUG